AUGGCAGCCGCUCGUAAGAGAAAGCAGAUCGAACCGACUGCCGAAGACUUGUCGAAUGUCGAAUUCGAAACCUCUGAAGAGGUCGAUGUGGCACCNUUGCGAAAGCAAUUCUCAGUACAAAAGCAAAUCGAACCGACAGCUGAAGACUUGUCGAAUGUCGAAUUCGAAACCUCCGAAGAGGUCGAUGUGGCACCAACUUUCGACGCUAUGGGACUUCGAGAGGAUCUUGUUCGUGGAAUUUAUGCUUAUGGAUUCGAAAAGCCGUCUGCUAUUCAGCAACGAGCCAUCAAGCAAAUUAUCAAUGGACGUGAUGUUAUUGCUCAGGCCCAGUCGGGUACUGGUAAAACGGCAACGUUCAGCAUCAGUGUGUUGCAAGGACUGAACACGACGAUUCGCGAAACACAGGCAUUGAUUCUGUCGCCAACUCGUGAACUUGCUGGACAAAUUCAGAAGGUAAUUUUGGCACUGGGUGACUAUAUGAACGUGCAGUGUCAUGCGUGUGUUGGUGGAACGAAUGUGGGUGAGGAUAUUCGUAAAUUGGAUUACGGACAGCAUGUUGUAUCAGGAACACCAGGAAGAGUUUUUGAUAUGAUCCGUCGUCGUAAUCUGCGAACGCGAAGUAUCAAAAUGCUCGUCAUGGACGAGGCGGAUGAGAUGUUGAACAAAGGUUUCAAAGAGCAAAUCUAUGAUAUCUAUCGUUAUCUGCCGCCUGGUGCUCAAGUGGUACUGUUGUCUGCAACACUUCCUCACGAAAUUCUCGAAAUGACCAGCAAAUUCAUGACCAAUCCGAUUAGAAUUCUUGUCAAACGGUUAGUAUUUCGAAUUUAUUGUAAUGAUUUUUUACUUUACUGA